AUGGACGUGGACAUCCACGACCAUCCAUCAUACCACAAGCAUGCGGAAGCCACGACUUCGGAGCUCUUCUACGAUCUGUUCUUCGUCGCCAACUUGACGACAUUCACUUCGAUGCUGGAGAUCAACGACAGGACCUCACUGACGGCAUACAUUGGUUUCUUCUCCCUUCUCUGGUUGACGUGGUAUCAAGUCUCCCUGUACGAUGUGCGCUUCAGCACGGAUUCGGUCUUUGAGCGCAUUGCCAAAGCCAUUCACUUUGGCGUCAUGGUCGGCUUUGCCGUCAUGGGUGUCCAGUGGAAAGCGGGCCAGGAAGUCACCGACUUCAAGAUCUUCAAAGCAUUCGGUCUUAUUCUCAUGGUUUCUCGUUUCACGCUGGCCUGCCAGUACGGCAUCACCUUGAUCUACUCGCGCAAGUACAAGAAGACCGUCGUCCCGAUUGCCGCCAUUAUCGCGUCCACGACCAUCGCCGGUGUCCUUUAUGGCGCCCUGGUUGCGGCCCUCCCCGCUAUGAAAUAUGAUGCAGACGGUUCCCCGAUCGAGCAAAAGAGCGAUGUCUACAUUGCAUGGUAUAUCAUCGGCAUCGUCGAGACGCUCAUCACCGUAUCCGUCUCGUGCAUCUGGCGCGUCAUCUCCUUCAAGGGAACCCACAUGGUGCAACGCAUGUCGCUCCUGACGCUCAUCAUCCUGGGCGAAGGCAUCAUCGUCAUCUGCAAGUCCCUCUCCAAAAUCGUCAAGAACGAGUUCCUCUGGACCGCCGCCGUGGUGGGCCAGAUCAUCGCCGCCAUCCUCAUCAUCUACUUCCUGUACAUGCUGUACUUUGACCGCCUCCAGGAAGAGCACUUCGGCACCAUCAAGCAGCAAUGGUGGUCCUUCCUGCACUUCCCCCUCCACACGUCCCUCGUCCUCGUCCUCCAAGGCGUCUCCCUCCUCGUCAUCUGGAUCCAAGCCGUCAAAGCCUUCGACGACUUCGCCGUUGUGUUGAACCCCGUCUUAAACGCCACCGCCAACCUGGAAUACGCAUCCGGCAUCGACAUGGCCGCGGCGUACAACGCCACCAUGUGGGCCAGCGUCUACGACUAUGUACCCAAGGGCGUCGACGCCUCCAAGGCCAUCAAGGGCAACGACGAGGCCAUGUACAUCCUCAUCGACGCAUACGACUCCCUGCUCGCGGACCCGACCAAUGAGACGGCAGUAAACCUCGUGACGUACGGCACCGACGAAGCCUUUGCUCUAGCCAGCAAGACCAUUUUCGACAGCCUUAGCGUCAGCAUCCCCAAGAAUAAGGAGAAGAAGGACGACAAGAAGGGCGACGAGGUCAAGCGGACGGAUCCUAUUGCGCUUCUGCUGUCGUACAUCCAUGUCUUUGAACUGGUGUUUACCUAUGUCUUCGUCGCUGGCGGCCUCUCCCUCAUCCUAACCACCCUCCUCGGCGGCCUCUCCCUCCCCGCCCGCCAGCGCAAACCCUCGCAGUACAUCCGUCUCGGCAUCAACGGCUCCUGCGGUUUGGGCCUCUGCCUCAUUUCCCUCAUCAAGUUCAAUAAAGAUCACGAGGCGAACUACCUGGUCAGCGUGUGGAUGAUCCCGACGCUCUGCAUCGUCUACUUCGUCUGCGUUUUGGCGAACCAUGUCCGUCUUCCUGGGAAGGCGAAGAGUCACUAGGGGGGAAGAAGCGUGUUGGAAGUUGUGGUGAGGGUGUGGAGCAUACAUGUAGUUGAUGGGAUAUGUGUUGGUCGUGUUGUAGACACCAAACUGUCUUUGCCGUUUGACUUCUUUCUGCGGAUUCGACAGCAGUUGCAUUUGUCUCGUAUUGUUGUCUAGAUGGAGUUAACAAUUCCAAGUCCCGGAGAUCACUUUACUCUGUCCACUAAUAUGCCGUGGGAGGAAAUGCGAUCUAGAGCAUGUGAGGGCGCGGCACUGAU